AUGGUUGACGAAGAGCCUCCCAGGAAGAAGGCCCGCACCUCUGGUGACAGUGAGCCUCGUGUCUUGGCCCUGCUCGGCCUGGGGAACCCCGGGGGCUGUGGGCGACGGGAACGGCACAGCUUGGGGGCUCGGGUCGUGUCAGCCCUUCUUGAGGAAGAGGCCGCGGCCCUGGAGCAGGUAGAGUCCGAUUGCCCGGACCUUCAAGGCGCCCAGUGGCUGAAGGUCGGUGAGACCCGGGCACUCGUUCUUCAACCUCAACGGCCUAUAAAUGACAGUGGCCCUCAGUUGCAUGCAGCACUGGACUCCCUAAACCAGUUGGCAGCUCCCUUUCUGGCUGUCGUGGAUGAUUGCUGGCUGCCUUUGGGGACGAUCCGCUUCCGUGAGAAAGGCUCCAGUGGAGGUCACAAAGGCUUAGAGGGAAUCGAAGCAACAUUUCCUUGCAAGCAAGCGUACCAUCGACUUCGCGUGGGCAUUGGUGGCAAGAACUCCAAGGAAUUCGUCACAGGUUCUUUCACGGAGAACGAGGAGGAGCUGCUCAAGCCGGUGCUGAAAGCCGCCGCGCGAGCUGCGCAGGCUUGGCUGCAAAUGGGGCCAGAGGCAUCGCAGAAGAUCAUGAGCGUUGUCAAUGCCCAGAGCUUUGUGCAGAAUCCUGUACUGCCGGCACCUGCUGCGAAGAAAGCACCCACGCCACCGAAAUCCGAAGCCUAA